UUGUAUUUUUGUUCGCAGAUUCUCGCGGUCCAUUCGAUUCUUUUUUAAAUCAAUUUCUCCGUGAAAUCUGCUUUAGUUCGCGAAAAUGCCAGAGCUUACAGAAAUGAAGGCCGCCGCCGGUGACGCUAAGGCGGAGUUGAAAGUCAGUGCGUCUGGGUCUGGAACCGAAUCGGAUUCUGACGAUUCCGUGCCGGAGUUGGAGGAGUCUGGACCUUCUACUUCCCAAAGCCAGGUCGCUGCCGCUGCUGGACUGAGCGAGGAAACCGUGAGCAAAGCGAAGCAAAGUCGCAGCGAGAAGAAGUCCCGGAAGCUCAUGUCCAAGCUUGGCCUGAAACAAGUCCAGGGUGUGCACCGAGUAACGAUCCGAAAGUCAAAAAAUAUCCUCUUCGUUAUCAACAAGCCCGAUGUGUACAAGAAUCCUGCCUCUGACACCUACAUUGUGUUCGGGGAGGCGAAGAUCGAAGACCUGAGCCAGCAAGCCCAAAUGGCUGCCGCUGAGAAGUUCAAGGCUCCCGAAAUGGGCACUGCUGCAGAAGCCAGUGCAGCCAUCCCUGCGUCUAUUCAGGAGGAAAGUGAAGAAGAAGGUGAAGUCGACGAGAGCGGAAUUGAGGAGAAGGAUAUCGAGCUCGUGAUGUGUCAAGCGGGAGUGUCGCGCCCGAAAGCCGUGAAAGCGCUUAAGAACAAUAACAACGACAUCGUGAACGCCAUUAUGGAAUUAACAAUGUAGCGGAAGCACGAGAAUGGCAAUUUAAGACAAUUUUAAAUCAUCCUGUUCAUCAGGAAGUCCCGACAGGAGCGAGGAUGGAAAUUGAUCUUAUCCAUUCGCGUGUAUCAGUGUGUUCCUUCGGGAAGAGGCAUUGGUAAAUGCAUAAACGUUAAGAUCAAACCUAAA